AUGACACCGCAGUCAAGCGUGAUUUGGUACCACAGGAUGUGGUCAUCAGCACUUCUUGGACAUUAACGGGCCCGAACCUUCAUGGGCAGCGUGUGUUUCUGAACCGACGUCUUUCACAUCCGGGCCGAUUUCGUUGGAAGAGGCUGUGCGUCAUUUGCUUCAUCUUCUUAGGAGUGCGGGCCCCUGAUCCCUGCUGUUGUGGCAACUUGACUGACAUCCAGGUCACACGCCCCGCCCGUGUGUCACCAUGCACCCCUCGCACACAUUCGUCACUCUGGUGUGUCUGCUGGCGGGGGCCGUGGCCGCCGUUCAGAGCCCCCCUCAAGCAGUCUUCCUGGACAAGCAGCAGGCCAGCUCGCUGAUGUCUCGUCCCAAGAGGAGCGUCGACGGCGCCAACCAGCAGUCGUCCACCCUGGAGCAGACCUGCAUGGAGAGGGUGUGCACCUACGAGGAGGCCCGCAAGCACUUCCAGGACUCAUACCGCACGGACAUAUUCUGGUCUGUCUACAUCGACGGCGACCAGUGCGCAGACAGCCCUUGCAAGAACGGGGCCUUGUGCUCCGACAGCGUGGGAGGCUACGACUGCGUCUGCAAGGCGGGCUUCUCGGGGGUCCACUGUGAGACCGACCAGACUCUGUGCAUCCUGGAGAAGAACAAGGGGUGCUCCCAGUUCUGUAAGCCGGGCUACACGUCCUACGAGUGCUCCUGUGCACGCGGGUGGAAGCUCAGUCGCACGGACCGGAAUAAGUGUGAACCUGCAGUGCGCUAUCCCUGCGGGAAGGUGAACAGCCUGAGUCGCUGGGAGGAAAAGACGUCCAGCAAUGUGCGGAGUAAUUAUCAAGGGCUCGCCUGCGCCUCAGGAGAGUGUCCCUGGCAGGCUGUCCUCAAGAGCUCCGAGUCGGAAGGAUUCUGUAGCGGAGUCAUUCUAAAGGAGAACCUGGUCUUGACCUCGGCUCAGUGUGCCACCAAGCACAGCUCCUUCCAAGUGGUUGUUGGCAAGCGAAAGAUGACCUACGACGACGGCGAGAAGACCCUCUACGUGAAAAUAUCCCACGUGCACCCACGCUACGUGGCGGGUCGCCCCGAGAACGACCUGGCGGUGGUGGAGCUCCGCGACCGCAUCAUUUUCAGGAAGGAGGUGACUGCUGCCUGCCUCCCCGAGAGAGACUUUGCAGAGAGCGUCCUCAUGACCGGAGAGCUUCCCGCCGUGGUCACGGGCUGGAAAGACCCCCAGCAGGGGGUUUCUUCCUUUCAGGGCCCGCUGACCCUCAACCACUUGGCAUACAACGGUCUGACGCAAUGUCUGCAGACUCAUCCCGACGUGAUGAACAACAAGAUGGGCUGCACGGCUGCCCGUGCCAACGCCGACUGCACCAUGAGCUCCGGCAGCCCCCUGCUCACCUUGUACAGGGAGGUGUUCUUCCUCACCGGGGUGGUCAGCCAGCCACCGGGCGCCGACUGCAGCAAGGGCUUUGUCUUUCAGAAAGUGUCUCGCCACCUCGGCUGGCUUGAGUCGCUCAUGCGCUCCCUCUAGUGGCGAAACAUCAACAUCUCCACCCCUCCCUUGAAAUUUUAAGUGCUACUGUACGCAUCGCUCACUUCACAGCUGCCUGUUGUUUCUUAUCCACAAGGUGGCGCUCCAGUAAAGUAACACUACAGCAUAAGUGCACUGAACUAUUAAGCAUGUGGAUGUACCUUUGAAUUCCUCAUCAUGUUGUUCUUGUUUGACGUGUAAUCACCAUAACUGAAAUAAACUACGUGUCUUCUCCUGGC